AGGCGCUCAGUGAGUCGAAGAAGAAGAACAGCAGUAGUUUCGGUGGUGAGUUUUUAAAACUCUCAAAAUAAAAAAUUAAAUUUAAGCGCAAAAACAGCUUUAAAAGGGAAAUUCAGCGCCGCAGCGAAGAUGUCCCUGGUGGACUUGGGGAAGCGGCUUUUGGAAGCUGCGCGGAACGGAGAGGAUGAAGAAGUGCGGACGCUAAUGGCGAACGGAGCUCCUUUCACCACCGACUGGUUGGGAACCUCACCGCUGCACUUAGCGGCGCAGUACGGUCACUGCUCCACGGCUGAGGUGCUGCUGAGAGCGGGCAUCAGUAAGGACGCCCGUACCAAGGUGGACAGGACCCCUCUGCAUGUGGCAGCCACGGAGGGCCACGAGCUCAUCGUGGAUUUAUUAAUCAGAAGUGGAGCAGAUAUCAAUGCCAAAGACAUGCUGAAGAUGACCGCUCUACACUGGGCUACUCAGCAUGGACACCACAACGUUGCACAGCUGUUAAUCAAACACGGCGCUGACGUUCACGCCCUCAGCAAGUUCGACAAGUCCCCCUUUGACAUUGCGAUGGACAUACAGCACGCGGGACUCGUGAGUUUACUCCAGGAGGGGAUGCGGAAGCAGGUGAACAGGAACGCAGAAGCUUCGAUAAUAAACGGAAACGUCGCCCCACAGUUCAUCAUCCAGGGGGUCCCCAACAUUCAGGGGGGAGUCAUCAACAUCGCUGACCUCAUCAAACCCAACGCUGGAGAUACAGAGGAGGCCAUUGCGGUCAGUGCCUUGGACACCGGCAUCCAACAGGUGGUCAAUGAAGCUGGUCAGAGAGUCAUCACCAUACUGACGGAUGAACAGGGUCACCUGCAGACCAGACUGGGACAGCCCGUCUUUGUGACUAUGCAGAACGGACGGCAAGUGUUGGCGGUUCCAGCCAGCCAGAUUAAAGAAGAAGUGGUGGAGGAGGACGUCGAGCCUCCGGCCCGGAGGAGGAAGAUUGAAGUCAUGCCAAGUUCCAUAGAGCAAAGUGAUACGGAGCAGUUGCAGAGGCAGCUGCAGGAGGCCAACCGUGCAGCGGCGGCGUAUCACCAGCAGCUCCUGCAGAAGGAGAAGGAGGCGGAGGCGUACCGCCGGCAGCUGGAGGCCAUGGCCAACGGACAGGCCGCCAACACCGCCAGCCUGGGGGGGCAGCAGGUCAUCAUCCAGGAGGAGGUGUGUGUGGAUUCGGCGCAGAUCGAGGGAGAGGAGGAGGUGCUGCUGCUGUCCGACGGAGACGUGGUGCUCAACACGGAGGAGAUCGACUCCACAGAGGAUCCGCAGAGCAUAACCAUCCACACUAAACUCAUCUCAUAGCCAGACGGACUCAGAGACUCAGAGCUCAGGUGGUGAAACUUACAUCAGCAGUUCGUUUCCUGCUUUUUCUCCUCUUUUUUAGCUGGACGCCUGUUUUUUCUGUUUUUUUAAUACUGCUACUGUUUUUCUUCUGUUUCUGUUUUUCUUUAAGAUGAACCAGACGUCUCACACGCUCUUAAACAUAAAGGUGCCAGAAAUGGGGUUCUCACAGUGAAGAGCGUUUCAGUGGUCAGAUAAAUAAGAUGAGUGUGAAGAACCUUUUUCCCCCACAGUGUGAAGGUUCUACACUACAGUUUGGAAUCAUAUCAUUCAUUUUUAUUAAUUUAUAUACAAUAACAGCGUCCACAAUGCAGAUUUAAGCCUAAAAUAUACAGCAAAAGAUACUUUUGGAUGUCGUAUUCAACAUUUUUCAAGUAUUAUAGCAGCAAGAAGUUAUAAAAGAAUAAAUACACUGUUAUUACAGUCCUGAGGUUUGAAAUUACAUGUUUUGUUGAUUUUCUAAGUGAAAAUAACAAACAAACCUCAGCAGAUUAAUAUUUGAAGUUAUCUGAAUUUAACACUUAUCGGGGGAUGAAACACAAUGUUUUGAUUAAUUUUAUCCCUAAUAUGUUAAAUAAUUCAAAUAACAUCAAAUGAAAAACAUAGAAAAUCAAUAAAACAUGUAAUUUGACUAAAUAUUUAUAAGAUCUGCCUUGAGAUGUUUAUCACUUCUGAAAUUGACAUUAUUAUUAUGAGCUCUGAUCAUCAAUCUGACACCUAUAAUUAGAGAUUAUUAAUAGGUAAGUUUGUAAAGUUUGCAGGACUAGUACACUCUUAAAGAUGGUUCUUCAAGGGUUCUUUAGUAAAGAAAAUGGUUCUAUAUAGAACCAUGAACACUCAAAGAACCCUUUGCAUGAUUAAAGGG